UUGUUAGGGGGGUCUUAAUUAUUUGAGGUUAAACUAAUAUUCGAAACAUUGUGGAAAUCCAUCUGCCAAUCCCUGAUGGAAUAACUCCCCGUGCCCGAUUGUGGACUUUAUUUAAGACUGAAGUGCACAGAGUGACUAUUAAAGACUUUUGAAGGCUCAUUUAACUUCCACAAUGAGACGCUCAAGCACAGACGAGACUCCGUAUCGACGCAGUCCAUCUCUGGACAGCAAACCUGACACACCACCAUUCACCUCCGGGUUUCACCGUUUCAGCGGGGAGUUUGAGUAUAAGCGACCACCUUUUGCGUUUGGCUUCCAUACGACGAAGGGGCCGCAGAAUUCCAAGGGGCGCUACGCCCAGGGGAAGAAGUAUGUGGUGUUUUACCUGGACCUUUCCUUCAUAUUCCUUCUAGAACUGCGGCGUUGCAGGAUGGCCGAGGGUUGCAUGAUGGCCCUGCGAUAUGGAAUGGUCUUCUUCAACCUCCUUUUCUGGUUGGGAGGAUGUGGCAUACUUGGGGUUGGGGUCUGGCUGUCGGUGACACAGGGAAACUUUGCCACCCUAUCCUCAUCCCUUCCCUCUCUGUCGGCAGCCAACCUGCUCAUCGCUGUGGGGACCAUCAUCAUGAUUAUUGGCUGUCUGGGGUGUGUGGGAGCUGUCAAAGAAAGUCGUCCUCUGCUGUUGACGUUCUUCAUCUUCCUCCUGCUCAUCUUUUUUCUGGAAAUCCUGUCCAUCAUGCUUUUUUUCAUAUACCAAGAUGAGAUUGAUAGUUAUGCCCAGAGGGAUCUGAAGAAGGGUCUCCAGCUCUUUGGCACUGAGGGAAACGUGGGUUUGACCAACGCCUGGAUGAUAGUACAAACUGAUUUUCGUUGCUGUGGAGUCACCAACCACACAGACUGGUUUGAGGUUUACAAUGCCACACGUGUGCCAGACUCCUGCUGCCUGGAGUACAGCGACAACUGUGGACUGGACAACCCGGGAACAUGGUGGACAGCACCGUGCUACGAGCGAGUAAAAGACUGGCUUAAUGAGAACCUGGUGGCGCUUUGGAUCUUUGCUCUAUGCACAGCACUUACUCAGAUCCUGGGUCUGGUCUUCUCUAUGACAAUGUUCUGCCAGGCAGUGAAAGUAGAGACUUUCUACGCCUAGCGAUUGACCCCAGUCUGCCCUUCAGAGCUCUUCGAGGGACAUAUAUAGACCCACCCUCCUCCUCCUCCUCCUACUCCUUCAUUGACAGACUCUUCUUUCCGAUGCCUGCCCUCUCUGUGACAUUCGCUCUUGUAUGUCGUCAGUUCAGUUUUUCUGCUAACUAUCAUCCAGAACAGUGUCAAUGUUAUUCCUCAAUCAUAUGGUUUGCUCUGUGUUUAAAGCUAAUUCUGUGAUACAUUUUAUGAAACAGUAUUAUGAACAUGUAUAAAAAGAAAACAGCGUAACCCUUUUUUAAUAUGUGUUUUGGUUUAAAUUAUUUUAUGAUUUGUAUGUGUUUUCAAAAUGGGAGCAACAGUUGAGAAAAGUGCACUGUGUGAAGUGCUGCAAGUGCAUGUCUCCUGCGAUGAUGUGUAAUAAAUGUUUUGGCUCAACAAA